AUGCACUAUCUUUGCUGUUCAGCUCAAAUGGCCGAGGCAGUACUCAUUGCUGUGACGAAGAUUGGUUCCAUUUUAGCAGAUGAAGCCAUCAUGGCCAUUAUAGAUAAGUUGUCUGAAAAAGUUACUAAUCUGAAGGAACUGCCAGUAAAGAUUGAGCAAAUAAGAAAGCAACUGAAUAUGAUGAGUAAUGUUAUAAGGAAAAUAGGCACGGUAUAUCUCACAGAUGAACUUGUCAAGAGUUGGAUUGGGGAGGUCCGCAAUGUGGCCUACCAUGUUGAAGAUGUAAUGGAUAAAUACUCAUACCAUGCUCUUCAACUUAAGGAAGAAGGUUUCCUCAAGAAAUUCUUCAUUAAAGCAACACAUUAUGUCAAGGUUUUCAGUGAAAUUGCCAAUAAUGUAGUUGACGUAGAGAAGGAGAUUCAGCUAGUUAUACAGAUGAAAGAUCAGUGGUUGCAGCCCUCCCAGCUUGACGCCAACACACUUGCUGAGAUGGAAAGACAGCGGUCCCAAGACGGCUUCCCUGAAUUUGUCAAGGAUGAAGAUCUUGUAGGAAUUGAAGACAACAGGAUAUUGCUGACCAAAUGGCUGUACUCCGAAGAGCAGGAAAACACUGUGAUAACAGUAUCGGGCAUGGGUGGGUUGGGAAAAUCUACCCUGGUCUCAAAUGUUUAUGAACGUGAAAAGAUCAACUUCUCUGCAAAUGCAUGGAUCGUUGUGUCACAGGUUUACACUGUUGAUGCCCUGUUGAGGAAGCUACUAUGGAAGAUCGGAUACACCGAACAACCAUCGUCUCAAAUGGACGUGCAUGACUUGAAAAAGGAAAUACAGAAGAGACUUGAAAAUAGAAAAUACUUGAUUGUGCUGGAUGAUGUCUGGGAGCAAGAGGUAUACUUCCAAAUACGUGAUGCUUUCCAGAAUCUGCAAGGAAGUCGGAUCAUCAUUACAACACGGAAGGACCAUGUCGCCGGAAUCUCUCCUUCCGACCGUCACCUUGAGCUGCAGCCGUUGAGUAAUUCUGACGCCUUUGACCUCUUCUGCAGAAGGGCUUUUUACAACCAGAGGGGCCACAUGUGCCCCAAGGAUUUUGAGAUAAUUGCUGCCUCUAUAGUUGAAAGAUGUCAUGGCCUGCCUCUAGCAAUUGUUACCAUUGGUAGCCUGUUGUCCUCCAGACCACGAUUAGACAUUUGGACACAAAAGUACAAUCAGCUUCGAAGUGAGCUGUCAAACAAUGAUCAUGUCCGAGCAAUUUUCAAUCUGAGUUACCAUGACCUUUCAGAUGAUCUCAGAAACUGCUUCUUGUACUGCAGUCUGUUCCCAGAAGACCACCCCAUGCCACGUGACAGCCUUGUGCGGCUGUGGGUUGCAGAAGGCUUUGUGGUGAGUAAAGAAAAGAACACACCAGAGGUGGUCGCUGAGGGCAAUCUUAUGGAAUUGAUCCACCGCAAUAUGCUUGAAGUUGUGGAGACUGAUGAGCUUGGUAGGGUUAGCACCUGUAAGAUGCAUGAUAUUGUGCGUGAACUGGCUAUUUCUGUUGCUAAAGAAGAGAGAUUUGCUUCAGCAAAUGACCAGCGUGAAAUGAUACAGAUGGAUAAGGAUGUUCGCCGGCUAUCAGCAUGUGGAUGGAAAGAAAACACUGCAUUGACACUUAAACUUCCACGUCUUAGAACUGUAGUGUCACUUGGAGUAAUUUCAUCCUCCCCUGGCAUGUUGUCUUCAAUCCUGUCUGAAUCUAGCUACCUGAGUGUUCUUGAGCUUCAAGACUCUGAAAUCACUGAAGUGCCAGCAUCGAUAGGGCAUCUGUUCAAUCUACGUUACAUUGGCUUACGACGCACCAAGGUCAAAUCACUCCCGGAUUCUGUUGAGAAUCUUUCUAACCUCCACACUCUGGACAUUAAGCAAACCAAAAUAGAGAAGCUACCACGGGGAAUUGUUAAGAUCAGGAAGUUACGGCACCUUUUAGCUGAUAGAUAUGCUGAUGAGAAGCAGACAGAGUUCCGUUACUUUAUGGGAAUGCAUGCACCUAAAGAGCUGUCCAACUUGGAAGAACUGCAAACUCUUGAGACUGUGGAAUCUAGUAACAACUUGGCUGAGCAGCUGAAGAAACUGAUGCAACUAAGCAGUUUGUGGAUUGACAACAUAAGUGCUGCUGACUGUGCACUUCUGUUUGCUACCCUGUCAGAUAUGCCACUUCUUUCCAGCUUGCUUCUUUCUGCAAAGGAUGAGAAUGAGACACUUUGCUUUGAGGCUCUGAAGCCAAAGUCUACAGAUCUGCGCAAGUUGAUUAUCAGAUGGCAAUGGGCUAAGGGGACACUGAAUUGGCCGAUAUUUCUUGACCAUGGAACCCACCUCAAGUAUCUUGCUCUAAGCUGGUGCGACCUUGGGGAAGAUCCACUGAAGAUCCUUGCACCACACCUGCCGAACCUCACAUUUCUAAAACUGAACAACAUGCAUAGUGCAAAUACUUUGGUUCUAUCUGCAGGUUCCUUCCCCAGUCUGAAGACACUGGUCUUGAAGCACAUGCCUGAUGUCAGCCAGAUGAACAUCAUUGAUGGCGCUCUUCCAUGCAUUGAAGGUUUGUACAUCGUGUCUCUGUUGAAGCUGGAUAAGGUCCCCCAAGGCAUUGAAUCACUUGGCUCCCUGAAGAAGCUCUGGCUGCUGAGCUUGCACAAGGAUUUCAGAAGUCAAUGGGUCACUAGUGGGAUGCAUCAGAAGAUAAUGCAUGUUCCAGAGAUUCGUGUCUAG